AUGCCGUCCCAUACCAUCAGCCAGAAGGCUAUGUCGUAUUUAGAAUCAUAUGUUGAUAUUGCUAUUGACAGCGGCACAGGUGCGCCCGACCUUCCGUUUGCUCUCGUCCAUGUUGUAAAUGCGCAGAAUAAGGUACUCUUCUCCCACGGCAAUGCUCCGGACAAACGGCCUACAUCGAGCUCCAUGGUCAUCGUUCAAUCUCUAACAAAGAUUGUCGGGGCGAUGGCUUACAUGCAGCUCGUCGAGAAAGGUCUCGCGACUCUCGACGAUCCCGCCACUAUCGAUACUUGGCUGCCUGAACUGGCCGCCAAACAGGUCUUGGCUGGAUAUACCAUCGAUCCCGAAACCGGAAAGAAAGUAUGGCAGCUAGAAGAUAGAAGAGGCGACAUUACAGCAAGGAUGCUGAUGAAUCACACCUACGGCGGUGGCCAUACUUACUUCAACAAGCUGUUGUUAGAGUAUAUACAGGACCUCGGCGAAGGUGUCUGGGAAACAACAAACGAAGCAUCAGACCCUUAUGCGGUACUCCUCGCGAGCCCUCUACUCUGGCAGCCAGGCACGCAUACAAACUACGGUCAGGGCCUGGACUGGAUCGCCGUCCUCAUCGAGCGCAUCACCAAGCAAUCCCUUGCCUCGUACCUCCAAGACAACAUUUUCGAUCCACUUGGUCUAAAGGAAAUCGGUUUCGAGCCACAGUACGGCGGCGACGUCGUAUCGUCGCCGCACAACACCGGCAAGUUCUGGCCUAGGAAGCUGCGGAGUGGUGAAGGUUUUGUCAGUAUCGAUCCCCCCAAGCCUGAGAUAGUGAGAAGAGGUGACGCAUUCCCCGGUAAGGGCAAUCACCAUGUCGGUUGCUUGGGAACGGGAUUAAUUGCUAGCGUGGAGGAUUAUGCGCACCUUGUUACUGUCCUCCUACCGCGGAACGCCGGUGUGGAUCCUGUGAGUGGCCGGCGCAUACUCUCCUCAGAAAGCGCCAUGGAAAUUUGUCGUCCGCAAUUGCCUGAAGCUCUUCGCAACGACUCUCGCUGUUUACUAGACUCGGCUGCGGCUCCUAUUAUUGUCCCUGUGGAUCUUUCUGCACCGCUUCUUGAUCCGCACGGUAGCUUUGGUUUGGGUUGUGGUGUACAGGGGGCGGAUAGGGAACUUGCUAACGGAGACAAGGGGAGAAGCGAGGGGAGUGUGUAUUGGUAUGGUGCGACGAAUGUUGAGUUUUGGAUCGAUAGAGAGAAGGAAAUUGUAGUGGCUGUUUGGGGGAACUACUAUCCUUUUUGCGAGCAGGCUUGGAUGGAUUUUGUUGGUGGUGUGGAAGGGCUUUUGUAUAAGGGGCUGGAAAGGGAGUAG